CUUUAUUGCUGAUUAUAAUCAAUUGUAUUUGUCUGUUUUAAAUUAUUGUGUCUUUAUAUAUUUGAAUUAGUCUAGUUUUGACUAAUUUGUUCUAGUUUUUUUAUGAAAUAUUUAAGUUUCUUUCCCAAGAAAAAUUAAUAGUUUUCUCAAAUAUUUUAAUAUUUUACACAACUAUUUUGCUGUCAGUGUUAAAAACAAAACCAAAAGUCCAGACCCCGCUUGAAAUGUUUUUUUUUUUUCUGAGAACGUUCUCUCCUGGUGUCGAAUCAUCACGAUGUGGAGUUUUUUAAAGGGUGUGGUGGGGUCAUUUGGUGGACCUUCAUAGAACAUUCAGGAAGUUCUAUGAAUUUAUAGUGGACCCGUGACUGAAAGCAGGUUUAGGUCUCACUUAAAAAUGGAACAGAGUUUAAUAUUCGUCUUACUGGGGAAAAAAGGAGCUGGGAAAAGUGCAUCUGGAAAUACAAUACUGGGACGACAAGCUUUCACAUCAAAUAAAAGCUCUAAAUCUGUCACACCAGAUGUGGUGGAAGAAUCUGGAAUGGUUGAUGGGAAACAGGUCACUAUUUUUGACACACCAGGAUUCUUUGACCCAGAGAUGAUAGAAAAUGAGUUUCAGCAGAUGAUAGAUGAAAAGGUUUUCCAGAAAUGUGAAGCAGGUGUCUGUGUGUUUCUACUGGUCAUCGAAGCUGACAGGUUCACUGCAGAUGAUAGAGAAACUGUGAAGAGGAUUGAGAAGCUCUUGGGAGAAAAACGCUUUAAUCAAACCUGGAUUCUCAUCACCAGAGGAGAUAAACUGAAGACAGAAAACAAGACGAUAAAAGAAUUCCUUGAUGAAAAUGAGAGCUUGAAGGAACUCAUUCAGAUGUACAGUCAGAGAUAUCAUGUGUUUGACAAUGAAAAUCAAGGAUCUAGUGACCAAGUUAGAAUCCUGCUAGCAAAAAUCAUUCAAAAAUCAUUGGGUUUAAAGGCAUCAGAUGGAGGGAGGCUCCUCAGACAGAUUCCUAACAACGCAGCAAACACUGACGAUGAACAACACACAGCUGAUGGUGGUCUCUCAUGUAUAAGGAUUGUGCUGCUGGGUAAAACUGGUGUUGGAAAGAGCGCAGCUGGAAACACAAUACUAGGACAGAAAGCAUUUGAAUCUAAGAGGAGAUUUGUUUCAAUAACUAAGAAAUGUUCAGAGCAUAACACCACUGUUUCAGACAGAGAAGUGUCUGUAGUUGAUACUCCUGGAUUACUUGACACAAACAUUAAACAUGUCGAGUUUAUGACAGAGAUAGCGAGAACUAUUUAUCUAUCCAGUCCUGGACCUCACGCUUUUCUGAUAGUUUUAAGAGUAAUUGACAGAUUCACUGAGCAGGAGAAGCAGAUCUAUGAUCUUAUUGAAAUAAUGUUUGGUGAGGAAGUUUCAAAAUAUGCCAUUAUCCUCUUUACACAUGGAGAUGAUUUAGAGGGGGAAUCUAUAGAGACUCUUAUUAAUGAGAACUGUGCCUUAAGACAAAUAGUUCAGGAGUGUGGCGGGAGAUAUCAUGUGUUUGAAAAAAAACAAAAGAAUAACAGACAGCAGGUCAGUGAACUACUGCAGAAGAUUGACACAAUGAUAGAGCAGAAUGGAGGAGGACACUACAGUAAUGAGAUGUUUGAAGAUGCUCAGAGAUUUAGACAGAAGGAGGAACAGAGGAAAAAAAGAGAGGAAGAGGAGAUUAAAGAAAAAACAUAUGAAUUAGAAGAAAUUAAAGCAAAGAUGAAGAGAGAGAAAGAGAAAAGAAAAGAAGAGGUGAAACAAAGACAAGAGGUGGCUGAGAGAGCAAAAAAAGAGAGGAAGGAAAGAGAGGAAGAGUUAAAGGCCAAACAAGAGGAGGUUGAGAGAGCAAAAAAAGAGAGGAAGGAAAUAGAGGAAGAGUUAAAAGCCAAACAAGAGGAGGUUGAGAGCAUGAUCAACAUGUUAAAAACACAACGUAACAGUGAAUUUACACAAUUUUCUAGCAGGUAUGCGCCGAGGUUUAGUUUAGCUGCUUCUGCACUUGGUAAAGUCAGUCUGGCUCUUUUUGUUACAACCUGUGGUUUUCUUGGUGGAGCUGUUGGAACUAUUGGUGGCCCCGUUGGUGUUGUUUUUGGUGCCUGCUGCUGGUGCUGCUGUUGGUGCUGCUGCUGGUGCUGCUGUUGGUGCAGCUGGUGUUGCAGCAAUAGAAAGAUUUUUAUAACGUUAAUGUGAGCGGGACAAAUUCUUACUGGACACCGAUCCAUGGAAAUGUUUGCUUGUUUGUUAUAAGAAAAUGUUUAAAGCUGUUUCUUUUCAUAUGAAUUCAGAACCUAUUAAUUGAUUAUAAUAUGAAUUAUAACAGAAAUGUGAUAUGAUUUGACACACAUAUGAUAUUAUAUGAUGAAGAGAUCCAGCUGUGGUGAUUAAGCUCGUUUUGUAUACAAAACAUAAUAUUUUAACAAUAUAAUGAACCACAAUACUCUACUAAAUCAAUGAGCGUCUUGAGCAUUCACUAUGAUUUCAUUAUAUUCUAAUAAAUAGAUAUUUUGAUGAAUGCAGUUUAUUUGUUCUAUAAUGUUCCAUAUGUUUCCAAAUUUAAUAUUCUGCUAAUACACAUUAAAUCAACUUUUCUAAAUGUU